ACGUACCAGGAUGCAAUGCGAGUUGCCGCUAUGAUCGAUGAUGCAGAAAACAUGGCUUCCUCAAUCACUCCAACUCAGUGGGAAGAAUUGAGGAAGAAAGCAAGACAACUUGAAAACGAGAUCGACCUGAAACUUGUGUCGUUUAGCAAGUUAGGAACAAAUUACAGUCAUCGUGAUGGCUUCAAGGAGAGUUCUGAUACGUCACCACUUUUAAACAGUUCUUCGAGUGAACGACUUUUCGAAACUAUGGGACUAGAAAUUGAACAACUGUUAUCCAAGUUGACAGAGGUCAAUGACUCGAUGGCCGAGUACACUGCUGGUUUCAAUUUGGGUCAACCUAAUGCUACCCAGCUUCAUACGCUCCAGAGACACAGAGAUAUUCUACAGGGCUAUUCGCAUGAGUUUUCAAAGACAAAGGCUAAUAUUCAAGCCUUCAGAGACAGAGAGGAUUUGCUUGGAUCAGUUCAUAGAGAUAUCAAUGCAUACAAGACUGGAAUGAAUAGGAGAACAGACCUGUACCUUAAAGAAAAUGAGCAUAUAAGAAAUUCUGAUCGAAUGGCAGAUGAAGUGAUUGGAGUUGCACUGGCCACAAAAGAAAAUCUUCAAAGCCAACGAGGUGUUCUUCACGGUGUCACCAACAGGCUUAGUGCUGUCACUAAUCGUUUCCCCGCAUUGAACAGUUUAAUGCAGCGUAUAAACGUCAGGAAAAGACGGGACUCGAUCAUAUUAGCCAGUGUUAUCUCUAUAUGUAUUAUACUGAUGCUCAUAUACGCGCUUGGAUGAACAUGACAAUUACCCGAAUCUAUGGUUCCGAUGAACAAUGACGACAAUCUCUCCGAAAAUCCACCGAAAGAUUAUCGAUAAGAAACACUCGGGCGCUGGUUGGUCAGUUCCAGUUUCCCCCACUGGCAGUGCAUCUUUCCAUAAGAAUUGAAGUAUUUAUGAAUUAUUACCAAGUGGUUCUUUCUAAGAGAACCUGUGGCGUGUUUUUGACGACAAAGAUGAAUUUUAAGGGACACUGAGUAGGUCGAACACGGAUCUGCUGGCUUUAAAGAUAACAAGAAACAAUUAAAAUGCGAGUUUUCCUGUGCACGGCUUAGAAGAUUAAGAAAUCGGAGUAUUUUCUCAACCUGAAUAGAGACAUAGAGAUAAAGCGGUUUUGGACCCAAAGUAUACUCAAUCGCCAUGUAGCGAAAAUUGAAAUUCUACACACUCCCGAUGUUUUCAGGGAAGUCUAUUACAUUUCCACGUAAAGAACGAUGGGAGGGUAUGAGUAACUUGAUGGCGUGGAUAAAAACGCAGAUAUUUUUUUUUUUUGGAUAAACUACAGAAUUCAGGACCACUUUUGAUCAUCCCACCAAACGAGCCAGCUCGUUUGGCUCGUUUGCUCAUUUGUCAUCCACUGCCGAGCCAAGCGAGCCAAACGAGCCACUAAAUAUAUGCACCCCAGUAUUGUGUUAUUUUCGGUUGUUUUAAUUUCUUUAUCGUGUGCUGACCAUUGUCACGCAAUCUAAGAGGUUGCGUGACCCGGAAAAAGAGCCACUGUGUGAAGAAGGGUUCUGUUCGCGUAGUGUUUGGUGCAUUGUAUGAUGAGCGGAGAACAGCACCAGCCGAAUGUAUUGACAGUUGUUGUCUUCAGUAUUUGUUGCAAAUGACAUGGUAUUAUUGAUUGAUGUGUAAAAGGCUGGCAAUUUAAUUGGGUAACUUCUUUAUCUGUUGAAACGGACCGCGUGUUGUAUCGAAUAGCUUGAAAUCGGCGAAACACAAUUUUUGUUUUUUUGUUUUGCAGUGUUACUUUAAAUUAUUUAAUGAACGACUGUCGGUGGAAAAUGGUUUGUUUGGCAGUGCAAAAAAAAAAAAAAAAAAAAUUCCCCAAAAAAUCUGAUAUCAGAGGCAAUUGAUUUGUGUGUUUACUCAGUGUCUGUUUAAUUUUCGCGUUGUCUUCGACACUUAAUUUUCCCUUACCAAUGGCUUGGUGUUCUUAAGAAAUCAAGCAAUCAAAACACGAUAAAAUGGAACCAGGAUAGAAGUCAGUUUUUUAAUUCAGUUCCACAACAUCUCUAUAACUGAGUGAGUACCGCGAGAGGCUGCAUCUUGGCUGACUAAUUUCAAUCUGAAAUGUUAAAUUAAGAGAGAAAUGUUCGAAAACAUGAAUCUAGAAUAGCCUUUAUCCUGGAUUAGGAAUGGCUGACAGAUCUGCCGAGUACGUCAAAAAUGUGACGCUGGUAUAAAACCAGUUACCAUUUUUGGUCACAAUUGAUUUGUGUAGUAAUGGUAUAAAUAUGUAAAUAAAUCAAAAUUAAAGAUCUGAAAUCUGG